CCCUGCCCUCCCCACCCCCGGGACAGGAGCGGUCGCGGCAGGUUUGGCUCCCGUGGGAAGGAAGCUGGCAGGUGUCAUGAUCCCCGAGGAGAUCCAGAGGCUCCUGGAAGAUGCUGAGGACUACCUGGCAGAAGGGCUGCAGAACGAGAACCUGAGUGCUGAAGCCAGGGAGCAGAGGGAUGAGAUUCUUCUGGCCUUCCAGAGAGUCAAAGCCAGGUACCACUUGACUUUUGCACCCCGAGGGGAGGAUCAGCAUGAUCCUGGCUUUGGACAGGACAGUUCUGACGAAAAUCAGAGCUGCAGUUUGGCCCCUUCCAUGACAUCCCUCCCAUCAGAGCUGCAGGAGGAUGGGCUGGAGGAGAACCCACCAAAGCCUGUCCCAGAAACAGGGAACAUCCUGAAGCAAGGAUACCUGGAGAAGAGAUCCCGAGAUCACAGCUUUUUUGGGGCAGAGUGGCACAAGAGGUGGUGUGUCCUCAACAGAAAGACCUUCUACUACUAUGCCAACGAGAAAAGCAAGCAACCGAGAGGCACCUUCUCCAUCGAGCACUACAGUGCCCGGCUGGUUUCCCACCUCCGCAAAGAUUCCCGGAAAAAAUGCUGUUUCGAGUUAACCUGCCCUGGCAAACGCACCUACGAGUUCACAGCCCCAAGCCCAGCAGAGGCUGAAGACUGGGUGGACCAGAUCCAGUUCCUCCUGAAGGACCUGAGCUCCCUGACUAUCCCGUGCGAGGAGGAGGAGGAGGAGGAAGAAGAAGAGCUCUACAACGACGUGGAGAGCUCUGACUCCAUGAACACCUCUCACAACACCACCCUGACCCAGGAGGAGCCCAACGUGGAGGUGGAAGGGGAGGACAUCUACGAGGUCCUGCCAGGUGAGAAC